AUACCGGGACCAUGGAGCCCAGUCUUCUUCUCCUCCUUGCUCUUCUCCUGGGCUUUUUUCUACUCCUGGUCAGGGGCCACUCCAAGUCCCAUGGCUGUCUCCCCCCAGGACCCCAACCCCUCCCCCUGUUGGGGAACCUCCUACAGAUGGACAGAGGAGGCCUCCUCAAAUCUUUCAUUCAGCUUCAAGGAAAAUAUGGAGAUGUGUUCACAGUGCACCUGGGACCAAGGCCUGUGGCUGUGCUGUGUGGGACAGAGACCAUAAAGGAGGCUCUGGUGGGUCAAGCUGAGGCUUUCUCUGGCCGAGGGACAGUUGCUGUGAUUGAGCCAAUCUUCAAGGAUUAUGGUGUGAUCUUCGCCAGUGGGGAACGCUGGAAAGCCCUUCGGCGAUUCUCUCUAGCAACCAUGAGAGACUUUGGGAUGGGGAAGCGAAGUGUGGAGGAGCAGAUUCAGGAGGAGGCCCAGUGUCUGGUGGAGGAGCUGCGGAAAUCCCAGGGGGCCUUUCUGGACCCCACUUUCCUCUUCCAUGGUGUCGCAGCCAACACCAUCUGCUCCAUUGCCUUUGGAGAGCGCUUUGACUACAAAGACCGCCAGUUCCUGCGCCUGCUGGAACUGCUGUGUCAGUCCUUUGAGCUCAUGAGCUCAUUUUCCAGCCAGGUGUUUGAGCUCUUCUCUGGCUUCCUGAAGUACUUUCCUGGCACCCACAGACAAGCCUGCCAAAAACUCCAGGAAAUUCUCGACUACAUUGGCACCAGUGUGGAGAAACACUGGGCAACCUUGGACCCCAGCGCUCCAAGAGACUUCAUCGAUUCCUACCUUCUACACAUGGAGAAGGAGAAGUCCAACCAAGACAGUGUGUUCGAUCACCAGAACCUCAUGGUCACUGUCCACUCUCUCUUCUUUGCUGGGAGUGAAAGUAUCAGCUCCACGCUCUGCUUUGGCUUCCUGUCAUGCUCAAAGAAAGUCCAGAAGGAGAUUGAUCAGGUGAUCGGCUCACGCCGCCUACCCACGCUGGAUGACCGCACCAACAUGCCAUGCACUGAGGCAGUCCUCCACGAGAUUCAGAGAUUUUCAGAUCUUGCCCCUCUUGGUUUACCACACAGAGUAACCAAAGACACACUGUUCCGAGGGUACCUGGUCCCGAAGGACACUGAAGUGUACCCCAUCCUGAGUUCAGCUCUUCAUGACCCACGGUACUCUGCACAACCGGACACCUUCAAUCCUGACCACUUCCUGGAUGCCAAUGGGGCGCUGAAGAGAAGUGAAGCUUUUAUGCCCUUCUCCAUAGGUGAGACUGACCUGCGAUUCCAUUCUUGGACACCUGAGGGCAGGGACCACACUCCAGGGCAAAAAUAG